AUGAAAAAUCAAUUAGACACUGAUUUUAGUUCAGGAUCGGAUGAAUUAUACGCCCCACCUGAAAGUGAGAAUGACAGAGAGGUACAAGCAGAUGAUUGUGUUGGAUCAGUCAUUGAAAUUUCAAUUCAAGAUGGCCUGGUGGCUAAUGUAACGUCACAACAACAGUCGCAAUCGAUAUCGGACACAGACAAAAAUAUUCCAGAUCAAGAACAACCAAAACCAAGAAAACGUAAAGGUCAAGUUAACACGAAUGCGUGGAAGAGAUUUAAAAAUGCUAAGUUAAGAUUAGAGGGAAAGUCUUAUGUUGGGUUUGGAAAACAGAAAAGUGGUAAAUACAAGCAAAAUAAAAUAAAAGAAGUUAAAUGCUUAGGUCCAAGAUGUAAUGGGCAUCCACAGCCGACAACAGUUAAAGGAGGCCCAAAACAAGAUUUCAAAUAUACGAUCAGUGAGGAUCUCACAUUCACACUUGAAUCUGUCAUCUUGGGAGGCUAA